ACGGGAAAAAAAUGCAUAAGCUACUAGUCAGCGUCUCCUGCUUCCUCCCCUCUUUCUUCCAAGCACAACCCUAGAAAUUCGAGUCAUGAGGGGUCUGAUCUCCGGCGCGAAGAGGCUAUGGACAACAACACCGCCGACGGCGAUAACCACCGCCAUAGCGAGAAGAAGCUACAGCGUAAUUCCAAUGGUUAUCGAGACUUCGUCGCGAGGCGAGAGAGCUUACGACAUCUUCUCGCGACUGCUCAAGGAGCGCAUAAUCUGCAUCAACGGCCCCAUAAACGACGACACGUCACACGUCGUCGUGGCUCAGCUUCUCUACCUCGAGUCCGAGAAUCCUUCGAAGCCGAUUCAUAUGUACCUCAAUUCACCGGGCGGACACGUCACCGCCGGUCUUGCGAUUUACGAUACUAUGCAGUACAUUCGAUCUCCGAUAAGCACGAUUUGUUUAGGCCAAGCUGCGUCCAUGGCUUCUCUGCUCUUGGCAGCAGGUGCCAAGGGACAAAGACGGGCACUUCCCAAUGCGAGCGUCAUGAUUCAUCAACCUUCAGGAGGAUAUAGUGGACAAGCUAAGGAUAUGACUAUCCACACGAAGCAGAUUGUCCGUGUUUGGGAUGCGUUGAACCAGCUCUAUGUGAAACACACGGGGCAACCCUUAGAUGUGAUUGAGAAGAACAUGGAUAGGGAUCAUUUCAUGAGUCCUGAGGAGGCUAAAGCGUUUGGUAUAAUCGACGAAGUGAUUGAUGAGAGACCACUGGAGUUGGUGAAGGAUGCUGUUGGAGGUGAAAGCAAAGAUAAAAGUUGAGAGAAACUGGUAAAUCAAAGAAAUAAACUUUGUUUCUUCUCCUUUUUCUCCUUUGCUCUUGUUUAGAGAUUUAUUUUCCGUCGAUGAUGAUGGUGAUAACCUCUGGAAAGGGGUUAUCUUGCAGACCCUUUUUACUUUUUCCUCAGUAUCAAUCCAUUCUUAAGACUGUUUUAGCUAGAGCUAAAUGGCAUUGGUUUAUCCA